UUCUUGAUCCAAGGAUUAUUACAAGUUUCGGUGAUUUCACUGUUCAGGAUCGGGAACUACUGGGACAGAUGGGGAUCGAUGAAUCAUCUUUUAAACAAGGUCAGCUUGACUUAACCUACGACAACUGGGCUGCAGACGAUGUGUUAGCUGCAGUGUUACCAGAGGGGGUGGAGACUGCUGCAGGCUAUUCUCUGAUAGGACACAUUGUCCAUGUUAAUCUUCGGGAACACCUGCACGAGUACAAACAUGUCAUUGGUGAGGUGUUGCUCGACAAGAUCAAACAGGCUCGGACUGUCCGUUAACAAGGUGGACACCAUAGACAGUACGUUCAGAGUGUUCAACAUGGAGGUGUUAGCCGGCGAGCCAGAUUUUGUCACAGAAGUCAAAGAGAACUCUCUCCGCUUUAAGUUUGAUUUUUCCGCUGUCUACUGGAACUCCCGGUUGGGCACUGAGCACGAACGUAUUGUCAAAAAAUUAAGCUCUGGAGAUGUGCUCUAUGACGUAUUUGCUGGAGUCGGUCCUUUCUCAAUUCCAGCAGCAAAGAAAAAAUGC